AUGGUUGAUUCACAAUUAGCCCAAGUAUCCGAGAAUUCAUCCCUUAACUCCACAUCCAAACUACCCGGACAACAAAACCCAAACCCCUCUCACAUCCUUAAACAACCCGACACAUGCAAGGCAAUCACAUUGAGAUCGGGUGCAACUUAUGAAGGACCGAAGGGGAGUGAGGAGGUAGAAAAGGAAGAGGAGGAGAAGAAGGGGGAUGAGGUAGUAAUUGUUGAGAAGGAGGUUGAGAACAAGAAAUCCAAGGGUAAGGACUCAAUCGAUACUAGCAAAUAUGAGAAUCUGGUCCCUUACCCCAGAAGAGUGGUGGAGCGCAAGUUGAAUGGUAAGUUUGCCAAGUUCCUAGAUGUGAUGAAGGGACUACACAUUAAUUUGCCUUUCCUAGAGGUGGUGACAAAAAUUCCAUCUUAUGCUAAGUUCCUCAAGGACAUUUUGUCGAACAAUAGAAAGCUUAAGGAUGAGUUAAUAACACUACCACACCAAGUAAGUGCUCUUGUUCAACAUAAAAUGCCCAAGAAACAAAGAGAUCCCGGAAGCUUUACAUUGCCGAUCAAGAAUGGGAAUUUGGAGGCAAAGGAGCCCUAUCAAACCUUGGGGCUAGUGUUAGUCUCAUUCCACUACCCAUUGCUCAACAACUCAACAUAG